UAUACUGGUAGUAAUAUUUAGUGCAUGCAUGAUUACAAUGACUCACUUCAUUUAAUGCAACUUCGGAGAAUCUAGCAAAGAAACCAUGAGCAACUUCACUUGCAUUUCCAUGGAUCUCCAUUUUGAAUCCAGGAGGGAAGGAUCCAUUCCUUUCCUUGUCAGUGAGUUCUUUUAUGACACUGCUUAUAUCUUCACUCUCGACUACAGAGACAAAGUAAAAUCCUUUCAAGACCACAUUUCUUUUAGCUCGAAUUAUUUUGCUGCUUCUUUGAGCUGCAACUCCUUCAAGGCAGAGAGAAAGGAGGAAAAUGGAGGCAAUCAGGAGGGCUUGCUUAGCAGACAUUAUUUGAGAAAGAAAGAGAUACUUCAAGUUGCUUGAUAGCUGUCUUUUGAGAGGCUGAGAGAGGAAGAAAAAGUGCAAGGUAUAAUGAUUUAUUAUCCUUGACUCUUAUGCUGCUUUUAUAGCAAGUGUGACAUCACAGCAUACCUUUUGUCUGUCUGUGGCUUCCGAAGGAAUGCUCAUCUCCUUUUGAUAUGUUUUAAUGAGGGUGGAGGGAGAGGAAAAGAGAUAAUAAUGGAAGAUGAAGUGGAAGAGUUUUAAGCAUCGUUUUGUGCCAUGGGUGGCUGCAAACUGGUCUACAAGGUUAGUACGUUCAGUUGAUUCACAUUCUCUCAUCGAAAAACAAUCCAAAGCUUUAUCCCAAUUAAAGCCCCAACUGGAAACCCUCUCGUACAUCAUAAAACCUCUCACUCCGCUAACAUUUAAAUCAAAUUUCUCCGACACAAAUCAACUCAAAUAUCAAACGUUACGCUCAUCAGCUAUCAAGAGUCUAUUUGAUAUUAAUAAUUUUACGCUAAAUGUGAGUCCGAGUCUUCAAGCUGAAGGUCUUGGGGUUUUUGUAAGCCAAGGGGAAGUGAGGGAAGGUCAGCUGGUUGCCUUAUAUCCUGGUACUAUUUACUUACCAUUGCAACCAAUAUUACUUCAGUCAUUGCAUAAUUCAUAUAUAUUACGCUGUGUUGAUGGAAUACAUAUUGAUGGAAGACACACACACUUAUCCAGAUUGAUAUACAGAUCCUGUGCUUUUAGAGAUGUUAACUCAAGCUCCCAGUUAACCAGUGACCUCUCCUGGCUAUCCCUUCAACCUCUCAAUCCGCUGUCGAUCGGUCAACUGGUCAACAACCAAUCAAGAGGUACGCGUACGUGUGCCUCCUACGAACAAGCAGUUAUUGUACGAACAAAGGGAGAGAGAGGGGGAGGGCAGGAGAGAGAGGGGGAGAGGGAGAGGAGUGCAAAUGUGUUUUUACUAUGUAUUUAG